CCAAAAACAUGAACGCCUCACUUAUGAGUCAUGACAGUGGUGGUGCUCAGAGCCUCGGCAGCGAUAUCUCAACCUCUCCCUCUCUGUCCCAAUGAGAGCUCGCACCAAAGCGAACACCUUGCGCGCAUGCUCAGAGCCAAUCUCCACCUCAACUCCCUCCUCACCUCCUACCUCAAGGCCAACCAGCCUCUCCGCGCGCUCAACCUCUACGCUCAUGCUCGCCGCACCGCCGCCUUCGUCGAUAACUUCGCCCUGCCUUCGGUCCUCAAGGCGUGCGCGCAACUAUCCGCCGUGAAACAAGGUAUGGAGGUCCAUGGCUUCGCUUUCAAGUCGGGUUUCUAUAAGGAUAUCUUCGUCUACAAUGCUUUGAUGCAGAUGUAUUCGGAAUGUGGUAGUUUGGGUUGUGCGGAGAUGGUGUUUGAUGAAAUGCCUGAGAGAGAUGUUGUCUCGUGGAGCACUAUGAUCCGAAGCUACGCUCGCGGUAGGUGCUUUGGCGAAGCUGUGGAUCUUGUUGAGGAAAUGCUUUGGCUGGGAGUGAAGCCUAGUGAGAUUGCGAUGAUAAAUAUUAUCAACUUGUUCGCUGAUGUGAGAGAUGUUAGAGCUGGAAGAGCAAUGCAUGCUUGCUUGCUCAAAAAUGCUUUUUGUGAGUUGCCAGGGAUUAAUGCUUCAACUGCGCUGAUUGAUAUGUAUGGCAAGUGUGGGUGUGUUAAGGUUGCACGGAAGGUUUUUGAUCAAAUGAGUGAGAGGAGCACUGCAUCAUGGUCUGCGAUGAUUGCUGGAUAUAUUCGCUGUGAAAAAUUAGGAGAUGCAAUGCAGCUUUUCAGGCAAAUGUUGGAUGAGAAGUUUUAUCCAAACGAGAUCACUAUGCUGAGUUUGGUGCUGGAGUACGGGCUAAGAGGGGUGUUGAAGAUGGGAAAAUGGCUUCAUUGCUAUGUGCUUAGAAAUGGAUUCAAGAUAUCAAACAGUUUGGGCACAGCACUUGUGGAUAUGUAUGGGAAAUGUGGGGAUACUAGAAGUGCGAGAGUGUUGUUUGAUCAAUUGAACAGCAGGGACACCAUGUCCUGGAUUGCUAUCAUAUCAGGAUACACACAGGCUGGUCUGCUUGACAAAUCAUUUGAUAUAUUUCAUCAAAUGAAAGAAGCAAGAGCAGAGCUGAAUGAGGUGAUACUGGUUAAUCUUGUAUCCUUAUGUGCAGAGAAUGGAGCUCUAGAUCGUGGUAAGCUGGUCCAUGCUUACAUUGAAAAGCUAGGAAUAGGAUCUGGUGUUGUGCUUGUGACAGCACUGGUGGACAUGUAUGCAAAAUGUGGGGAAAUUGAUGAAGCUUACACCUUGUUCAGUGACACUACUAAGAGAGACGUGUGCAUGUGGAAUGCAAUGCUGAGUGGGCUUGCAAUGCAUGGGCACGGAAAUGAAGUGAUUGAACUCUUUAGCCAGAUGCAGGAAGAGGGAGUGAAACCUAAUGAUGUCACAUUGAUCGCUCUCCUUCAUGCAUGCAGCCAUUCAGGUUUGGUGGAGAAGGGCAAAGAGUUUUUUGAUAGAAUGGAGAGAGAAUUUAGACUAGUCCCGAAGGUUGAGCAUUAUGGAUGCAUGGUAGAUCUACUCGGUCGGGCUGGGCAGCUUAAUGAGGCAUAUGAAAUGGUAUUGAAAAUGCCAGUUGCGCCAAAUAUUGUCGUAUGGGGAGCACUUCUUGCUGCAUGUAAGAUUCACAAAAACCCAAAGUUGGUUGAUGAAGUCUCAAGAGAGGUUCGUAAGCUGGAUCCAAGUAGUAGUGGCUACAAUGUACUGCUUUCAAACAUCUAUGCUAUCCAGAACAGGUGGAAUGAUGUGGCAGAAGUGAGAAAGGCUAUGAGGGAUACCAGGGUAAAGAAAACCCCGGGGCUUAGUUCAGUUGAAUUGAAUGGAUUGGUCCAUGAAUUUGUUAUGGGAGAUGAUUCACAUCCGCAAAGCAAGGAUAUUAAGGUGAUGUUGGCGGAGAUGCAAAAGAUGCUGAAACAGGCAGGGCAUAGGGUUGACACCUCGGUUGUGCUAUUGAACAUUGAUGAGGAGGAGAAAGAAACAUCACUUGCCUAUCAUAGUGAGAAAUUGGCGUUGGCUUUUAGUCUUAUAAACACAGCCCCAGGUACCCCAAUAAGGAUAGUGAAGAACCUUCGAGUUUGUGAUGAUUGCCAUGCUGCUACCAAGAUUCUCUCCAAGAUAUAUGAUAGAGUAAUCAUUAUGAGGGAUAGAAAUCGUUUUCAUCGUUUCAGUGAAGGAGCUUGUUCUUGCCAAGAUUAUUGUUGUUCUGAUGAGUACUUUGUCAUUGGAAUAUGUGCAGUAAAGAGCAACUGGACGCAGCCUUAUUCUUUGAUCCUAAUUGAUUGUGGUGCAACUGUGAGUUUUUUCCAGUCCGUCUACUAACUCUAUUUGAGCUGCAGGUGGAGUGUAGAAUGUGCUACAGGGAAAAAAGGGGGAAGAAAAUUUUCACCAGGGCUAACAAAGUCCUUCAGGAUAUUAUCUCUAUGAUGGGGAAAGAAGUCAAUGGCGAGAUUGCUGACUGCAGAGAAAGCCUAUAUUCUUCGCGGUCAUUAUUUUCGUCUCUCUCAAUAUCAAGAAUGCAGACUUUGCUUACUCAGAAAUCCAAAGAAGUGUAGGUGAAAUAAAAGCUUAUGAGAAUAUCUGGUACUUCCAUCGUUUUACCUUAAUUUGUUGGAAAAACUAUAUUCAUAUUGUGGGAAAUUAGGAGGUAGAAUAUUUGUAAAAUAACUUUCAGAUUGGAAAGUCUUUGCAAUCAGUUUGUGGAAAUGUUUAGUUGAACUACAGUUGUUGGUCAUUCUUGUAUGGCAUACAGCAGCAAUGUUAAGUCUAAGUUCUCUUACCCUAAUUCCCAUUGAGGAUGAAAUUCAGAACUCAAUGGUGAGUUGAGGACAUAUGAAACCUUCGGUGCCUAACAGCUUUCUUGCAUAUGCCAUAGAAGUGGCUGAAGUUCAUAGGAGACCAACUAACCUUUGAAAUUUGACAAUUCUGUAGAAUAUGAAUCAUUUCAGGACCAUCAGAUCUUUGAAAUUCAACAAUUCUGUUGAACCAUAGUGAUGAUGAUGUGUGUAUUGACUCUUUGGUUACUGCUUUUUCUUGUUCUGCAGUAAUGAUUUAGACCUACGGGACCGUGUCAUUUCAAUUAUGCAUCAGCUCUAAACCCUUUCGCUAUUUGCCUCAAAAUCCAUCCUAUUAAAAUAUAUAUCAGAAAAACAAGAUUAUGUUCAGCUCAUAAGUUUCCGUUAAGAAAGGUGGUCCUUGCAUGGGAGUUUAAGCUUACUUUACAAAUUACCUUGAAAUCAAAGUUUUAUAAUGGACUUUUGGGACUCGGAGUUUGACAAUGAGAUUGUGGGACAUCUUUUAUUGGCCAGAUUUCAUUGCCUUGUUAUUGGAGUUAUGACCAAAUAGGUUACUUGGUAUUGAAGAAAUUAGAUAAUGUUGCCUCUGGUUCUUAUUUUUCUUCUGCGAUGUUAUUUGGUAAAUCCAUUUCGUUCUUCACACCUUUGUUAAUUGGGGAAAUUUGAGUGAUAUUGAUAAACCUUCAAGAUCAGUUGUAUUCUGUGAAGAGAAGUGGUUUCCUCACCGUCAUACUUUGAAAUUUUUAAUAUCCCCCCAAAUGUUUGUUCAU